CUCGACAGCUGGUAAAAUCGCCUCCCGAUUACAUCACCUGGGCCACGCGUCGUCGUAGUUUCCUGUUCCGGUCCUUCUCUUCCCGCGAUGUGUGGCGGAGCGCGGGUAAUCUGCACGCCGUGUCUGGUUCGAGUCCGCCGUUCCCGCAGGUGACCCCCUCCACCCUCCCUGUAUCACGGUGGCAGACGGCAGUUAGUCUGCGACAUGCCGCGCGAACACAAGGUGGCCGCUGCCGAGCUCCAGACGCUCAGCCCCGCGUCCGCGUCCGCGCCCGACAAGGAUGACCGAGGUAUACAACUGAAGAAGGAGCUCGGACUGCUGGACGGUGUCGCCAUCAUUGUGGGUGUUAUCAUCGGAGCCGGCAUCUUCGUGUCGCCGAAGGGUGUCCUGGUCAACUCCGGGUCGGUCGGUCUCGGCCUGGGGGUAUGGGUGCUGUCCGGCGUGCUCUCCAUGAUCGGGGCGCUAUGUUACGCAGAAUUGGGAACCAUGAUCCCCAAAUCCGGCGGGGACUACGCCUACAUCAGUGAAGCCUUUGGACCGCUCCCAGCCUUCCUAUACCUGUGGGUAGCUCUGCUUGUCAUCGUGCCCACAGGCAACGCUAUCACAGCCCUCACAUUCGCCCAGUACAUCCUGCAGCCCCUCUGGGCCAACUGCAACCCGCCCUACGAGGCUAUCAGGCUUCUGGCUGCCGUCAUCACCUGUCUACUGACAGCAAUUAACUGCUACAAUGUGAAGUGGGCAACUCGUGUGCAGGACGUGUUCACUGCCACUAAGAUCCUAGCGCUGGUUGUGAUCGUGUUGGCUGGUCUGUGGACUCUGGUGCGAGGGGAGACCAGCAACAUCAGCACUGGCUUCGAGGGUACAAGAUAUGAGCCUGGACACAUUGCCUUGUCUUUCUACUCAGGCCUCUUCUCUUACGCAGGAUGGAAUUACCUGAACUUUGUAACUGAAGAAUUGAAGAACCCUUUCAAAAACCUACCCAAGGCGAUAUGUAUCUCACUGCCUAUGGUAACGUUUAUAUAUGUCCUGGUUAAUAUCUCUUACUACGUGGUUCUCACCAAAGAAGAGCUUCUCUCCUCAGACGCUGUGGCUGUGACAUUCGGAGACAAGCUUCUGGGAUGGAUGUCUUGGACAAUGCCAUUUUUUGUGGCAUGUUCUACUUUUGGGGCUCUGAACGGAGCUAUCUUCGCUUCGGCUCGACUUUUUUUUGUAGGAGCAAGGGAAGGCCAUCUGCCCAAGGCUAUUGCUCUGAUCAACUACGAACGCUAUACUCCAGUGCCUUCAUUAGUGUUUUUAUGCAUCGUAACCCUCGUGCUACUUGUUAUCAAGGAUGUUUAUGUUCUCAUAAAUUACGUCAGCUUCGUUGAAUCUCUCUUCACCUUGUUCUCUGUAUCAGGACUUCUGUGGUUGAGGCUCAAGAGGCCAAAUGCUAAACGACCAAUUAAAGUGAACAUCUUGUUACCAAUAAUAUUCUUUAUAAUCUGUGCCUUCCUGGUAGUCCUGCCUUGCUAUGUAAGGCCGUGGGAGGUUGGUGUUGGUGUAGUCAUUAUUCUAUCCGGCAUUCCUGUUUAUUUCAUCUUUAUACAGUGGAAGAAUAAGCCUAGAUGGCUUGAAAACUUGGCAGAUACAUUCAAUUUCACUUGCGCCAAGAUGUUCAUGUGUGUGUUGAGUGAUGAAGUGAAAUCGGAUUGAUGUUCAACUUCGGGUUCAAGUGGUUGUGGUACACAAUUGACAAUCCAAACAUUGGAUUGUUGUUCCAAGAUACUGCCAAUGUUUACUUACAACGAAAUAAUUCCAAUCUACAGUUGUGAACAUAGCAUUUUUAUCAGAUAAUAUAGGUUUUUAAGUUAAAGAGAUAGUUUUAAAACUAUUUAUUUUAUAUAACAGAUCUUAGAUUUAGUACGAAGAUGUCAAGAGUCAAUUCUAUUAUUUCUUUUACGUUUUGUUACUGAAACAUACUGUUAGAAACUAAAGAAGUUAAAAAGUUUUUUGGUUUUUUCAUGUGUAGUAAUGUACAAUUAUAUUCUUUUUCAUUUUUCACUGAACUGCCUUGAUAUGUGCCUUUAGGAAUUUUAUGUCUAAGCUAGAUUUAAUGUUUUAUAUAUAAAGCCCAUGACUUACAAAUGAUAAGUGUUUUAGUUUUUGUUCUGUCAAAGGUUUGAAGGUUUAUUAUAGAGGGUGAAAUAUUUACUCUUUAUGGCAAGCGUUCCUAUAAGACAUUUUAGAUAAGCUUAAUUUUCAUUCAAACAAAUGACCUCGAGAUACAUAAAAUAUAUUUUUUACCUAUAGAUUUACAGAAUUGUCAUUCAGACAGGGAUAGCAUGCACAAUAGUGUAAUUAUAAAUUACUAUUAUAAAAUGAAAACUUCCUUUAACAAUAAAAAUUAUAAUAGAAUCAAUUUCAGUGUUUUAUUUUUAGCAAAUACAGUUAAAACCUAAUAUACACAACAAAAACAAUGUAAAAACGUUACUUUUAAAAAGUUAUGGAAAUUGUAAAAACAUAUGUGUUUAAUAAUUAGUUUGUAAGUAAAUGUUCGUGUAAUAUAGAAGUAAUGCAUUUAGUUAUAAGUAGUAAAUAUAUUUUAAUGCUAUAACUAUUUAACUACAUGUAAAUUUUUAAAAUUAAUUUAACAACUAUUUCAUUAAUUAGAAUUAAUAAGAUAUUGGGGAUUAUCUAUUUUGAAAGGUUGUGUGCUAUUAAAUGAAGGGUUAGUUCAAUCAGAUCUACCCGUCACAGGACUCUAUGGAGGCCAGUGAUGUAAAUGCAGGGGGAUUAAUCCUUCUAAACCAUUUUAAAUUCUUAGAACAUGUAUAAUGUUAGUUUAGAUCUAAACCGUUUGUUUAAGAAUAAAAUCUCACUAGUUUACAUAUUUUAAAUGUAAACGUCACAGUUUAACGCCAGAAUUCAUCAUCAUGUAACUUUAGUCUACUUUAGUUUUGUAGUAUUUGUCAUAUUUUUACUAAUGUUCUGUUAUUAUUAUUGAGUUUAUGUUCAAUUUAUUUUUGUUAAUUCCAUUAGUUUGUGAAAUUACUAAAAUUAUAUUUAUUGAAAUACAUUCACAUAACUCCAGAAAUACAACCAUCACCCAAAUAUAUGUAAAAUAUCAAUCUACUACUUUUCAUGCUACAGCAAAUUCUUUAAAUUAAAAAUGACCCAAUCAAAACCAUUUUGUCAUGUAUUUAUGUCAUUAUGUGAUUAAAAUGGUGGUAUUUUGUGAUAUUUAAUAAUCAUAACUGUCUAAAAAUAUUCUUUUACCUAUUCAAAGAGUCUAUUGUUAAAAAUAAACUUUACAUGUAUCAAAUCAAUUUAUAAAAUUGAUCACUAUAGGGUUAAAAUUUUUUUUAUUUUUUCGGCAAUAAUUUUUCAUUAAUAAUAAUAUUAAAAAUAUGAGGUUCAUGAUGGAAAUCUUAACUUAACCCAUUGUCAAAGCAAACUGUACGAUAUUUGUUAGUACUAGAAAAGAUUAAACCGUAACCAUUUUUUUCCAUAGCACUGUCCACACUUUUUUCAGUCUAUGAGCCAAAAGAAGAGAAAUUUGCCACUGUAUUGCAGAGAAAUUUGCAAUAUGACUUGAAAAAAGUGCCUUAGCUAACAAUCAUUAAUGUAUCAUCAAAUUUUCAAAAACUUGUCCGAAAGAGUGUCCCCAGACCCCUCAUACUGACAGUUAAUACAUAUAUAUCAGCCCAUCCCCAUAGACAGAGUAGCCUGUGUACACCACUCGUGGUGGCAACCUUUUUACCAUUCACACAUAAUUUUAAAAUCAAUGAUAUAAGUACCUUAAGUAAAAAUGGAUAAAGUAACUUUUUUCAUUCAGGAAACCUUAAAAAUGUGUAGAAAUUAAACUUCCAUGAGAAAGAGCUCAAAAAUAUAUUGUUUAGAAUCUAAAAUAUUAUAAAAACAUGAUAACAAUAAUUCUUUACAUUAAAUGGUUAAAAAGGUUACUUUCAAAUCCUGUCUUAUUUUCAGUAGUCUCCCACCAAAUACACAAAAACUGCAUUCCAAAACUAUUUUAACUUUAUAAAUUUUAGAAAGUGGUUGUAAAUCGUUAGUUAUAGUUCAGUUAACCCGCUAAAUCAAUGUUCAAAAGAAUGUUUAGUUUAUAUUGCUGUAUAGUAUACGCCUAAACUAAUAACUACAUUUUUAAUUAAAAAAGUAUGUUUUCAAAUGUACUCUGCACAGAACUAGUGAUUAUUUGUUUGUCGGAUCUAGAGUUCUAAUUUUAAGUAUUAUAAUAAUAUUAUUGCUUGGAUUGGUGUGUAACGAUUUGAUCUUGUUUAUUUUUCAUAUAAUAAUCAUAUUUUUAUUUGAAUUAAUUGAGCUUUACUUAAAACAUUUUAUUCCUAUUUAAACCACAGUUUGUCUAUUCUAGCUUCACAGUUUAUUAAUAUUUAUAUUUUUUUUCAAAUUUGGCUUCCUUUUAUCCAGAGAAAGAUUUUUCAUACUUUUAUACAGCUCUAAGUUUCCAUUCUUUGUGACAUUUUGUAGAAGUAGUUUUUAUGAGUUGAGAAUAUUUUUAUUUUGGAUACUAUCUUCAACUUCAUAUCAUCUGUAAUAUUUCACUUAUUCAUCUCCAUAUUAAUUACAAUGGUUUAUGAUUGGAACAGGUGAUUGCUAAUUAGUUUAGCUUCUUUGUGUGCAUAGCCCUAUUUAUGAAAUGACUAAUAAUUAAUUUGAAAAGUGUUUGAAUACAGUUAGUUUCUUUUAACUUAACCA